UGGUGCCGGUGUCUCUCAGUCAAGCCUAUUUCAGUUCUUUUCACACAACAUGCCUGUAAUAAUUGCAUGCAUGUAAGGAAAUAGUUUAAAUCAAGAAGAUCGUAAACAAAGUGGAUUACAAGGAUAAUACAAGGCUUUUCUUAACAGAGAAUUAUAAACCAAGAAAGAAACAGAGUAGACAGAAAGCAAGAGUCGAUAAAAGCUCAUCACCAAUUCAAUCAGUGCAGCAGGCAACGCACAAAAAUGGGUUUUCUGGAGAGUUGCAAAGACCUUUUUGGCACCAGUGACCUAUAUGAAGUACUCGGGGUUAACAAACAAGCAAGUGAUGCUGAGAUCCGCAAGGCAUAUUAUAAAGUAUCUCUCAGAGUACACCCGGACAGAGCACUCAACGAUGAGCAAGCCACAGUGAAAUUUCAGGCUUUGGGAAAGAUUUAUGCUGUACUGAGUGACAAGGAUCAGAGGGCUAUAUAUGAUGAGCAAGGCAUUGUGGAUGAGGAAUCGGAUACUCUGUGCCAGGAUCGAAAUUGGGAAGACUACUGGAGAUUGUUGUUUCCCAAGAUUACUACAAAAGAUAUCUUAUCUUUUGAAAAAAACUACAAAGGUUCCGAAGAGGAAGAAGCUGAUAUAAAGGCAAUCUAUAUAAGAUAUGAAGGAGAUCUGGAUCACAUCAUGAACUCUGUUUUGUGUACCACUUAUGAGGAUGAGCCACGAAUCAGGGAUAUUAUUCAAGCUGGAAUAGACUCUGGAGAGCUCCCAACCUUUAAAGCUUUCACUAAUGAGAGUGUAAAGAAGAAAGAAGCAAGAAAAAGAAAGGCUCUGAAAGAGAAAAAGGAGGCAGAAAAAAUGAAAAAAGAAAUGGAUGAAGAAAACUCUCUGGCCAUGCUUAUAAAGAAAAAGCAGGAAUCUCGUUCAAGAGAGAUGGACAGCUUCUUAUCUCAGCUGGAAGCCAAGUACUGCAAGAAAGAAAAUAAUGCAAGUAACAAGAAAGGAAAGAAAAAUAAGUGAAAUUACAAGUAUUUGAUGUUUUGCACUAUUUAUGAAGCACUUACUUGUGCUGCUCGUUAUGUCUCAUUAUAAAUGAUGAAUUGCCAUUAACAAAGAAAUGCUACUUUGAACAGAGCACGUUUUAUGUGUUCAUGUUCAAAGCAUUUUUCCACUCUUUGUUUUUGCUAAAGUUCUUCUUUUAAAAAUAAAGGAUGUAUCCAUACUUUCUAUUUAUAUAACAUA